GUCUAGCUGGGGUUGAGAACUUCAGGAUCUGAACCAGAAAAGGAAAUAUUUCUGCUCAACUAAGAACAAGAUGCAAUUCGUCAGCAAAGAGAAUAUAGAAGAACGAUGUGGCCUGUGCAGCAAAAUCUGCAAUAUAACUGUGCAGGUGAUAGCUGGUCUAAUAUGGACUGCACUAGGUAUUGCUAUGAUUGUUGUAGGUGCCCUAAACCUAAACAAUUGUCCAGCUAACCGUUUCAUACCAAUCUAUCUUGUUGUUGCUGGAGCCUUCAGCCUUGGUUAUUGGAUUCUGUUUCCUCUACAAUUCUGCUUACCUACCCUAAGGAAAAUCCUGGCUGUCCUUUUUGCUCUUUUUUGGUUUGCCUGGUUCAUUGCAGGAAGCGUGUGGGUGUUUAGAGCAUACCGCCCACCGGCAACGGGCGUAUGCAACAUUAGCAUGUACCUCUUUGCUUUCUCAAUCCUGAUCAUACAAUAUAUAUUGAUUGGACUCGGAAUAAUUUCUGGUCUAAUUACCUGCUGCUGCUCUUCAAUCUUGUGUUGCGCUCGGAAAGUCUGAGCUCCAAGAAAGAAGCAAAUGAUCGAACAAUGGCAAUUUAACCACUUCUAAUCUAAAUUAUUGUUAUUAUUAUUAUACUAUUAAAAUCCUUAUUAGUGACAAAUCGGAGUUGGGUGUUAACACAGACACAGAUUUCUUUUAGAAGUCUUAUUGUUCUGAGGAAUUAUUAUAAUAUUAAAGUCAAAUUCAUAAUGUACUUCAUAAAUGCCUUGCUACAGUAUCACAUAUGAUGCGAGAUGGUGGCACAUUUCUGAUGGGUGAAAUAAAUGAAUACAUGCUUUAUUCAUGAAUACACAGUUGAAACAUAGAUUGCAGUAUGUUUCCAGAGAGAAAGCUGGUAAUAUUAAUAUUUGGACUAACACCAAGAAACUGGCUAAGGAAUAUUUAGAUUUAAAAAAAAAUACAUUCUUGAUAGAUUCUCGUGUACGCUUGUAACGUAUAUCUGUGUUACCAGGCGUCCCCUUGUUAGCUCUCCAG